AUGAAUGCCACUUUCGUCACCCUUGCUCGAAAUAGUGAUGUCUGGGAAAUCGCAAAGUCGAUUCGACAAGUCGAAGAUCGUUUCAACCACCGUUUUGGCUAUGACUGGGUUUUUCUCAACGAUGGAGUCUUCGACACUACUUUCAAGAACGUCACCAGUACCCUCGUUUCAGGAGACACAUUUUAUGGCCAAAUCCCGACAGAGCAUUGGUCGUUUCCCGAAUGGAUUGAUCAAGAAAAGGCGAGAAAGGUCCGUGAAGAUAUGGCUGAACGAAAGAUUAUCUACGGCGACUCUAUCAGCUAUCGACACAUGUGCAGAUUCGAGUCAGGCUUCUUCUUCCGCCAACCCCUUCUCAUGAACUACGACUAUUACUGGCGGGUGGAACCAAACAUUCAACUGUUUUGUGACAUUCAAGAGGAUCCUUUCAGAAUCAUGGUGGAACAGAAGAAGAAGUAUAGCUUCGUCUUGAGUUUAUAUGAGUAUCAGGAAACGAUUCCUACUCUUUGGGAUACGACACAGAAAUUCAUGAAGGAACAUCCUGAGCAUAUUAUCAAGAACAACUCGAUGGGCUUCCUGAGCGACGAUCACGGCACUACGUAUAACCGCUGCCAUUUCUGGUCCAACUUUGAAGUGGGCGAUCUCAACUUUUUCCGAAGCAAGGCCUACAUGGACUAUUUUGAGUACCUCGACAAAGCUGGAGGAUUCUUCUACGAACGUUGGGGUGAUGCUCCAGUCCACUCCAUUGCCGCCGGACUGUUGUUGGAGAAGUCAGAACUGCACUUCUUCAACGAUAUUGCCUAUUGGCAUAACCCUUUCACCCACUGCCCAACGGGAUCUCAGAAGCGACUGGAUCUCCGCUGUCACUGUAAUCCUAAGGAUAACUUUGACUGGAAGGGCUAUUCUUGUACAUCACGAUAUUUCGAGCUCAACGGCAUUGAGAAGCCUGACGGCUGGCAAAGUCAGGCAGACUAA